AUGCUACAUGGCAGCUCUCCGCUAGGGGAAAACGUCAACACCAAGGCUCUAGGUGCGGGCGUGGAUACCUGUCCAAGCCAUCGGGCCACAAAUGCCCAAGCCAAGAGAUUCAAUUCCGGUCGCCGCGCCGAAAAAGGCAGUCAAGAGUCGAGGCUAAAAAAAGCAUGGGAAAUAAACAUUAGGGCUGGCGUCCCGGGGGGAUCUUCAUUGCCAUCCGAGACCCUCCAGGCUGAAGUGGAAACUGCAUCUCCCGCUCAUAUUGCGCAAAUCAGGAGCUUAAAAUGCGGGCCGGCUCCGUGUCAACUCCAGAGAGAAGCUGGAGGGAAACUUGUCCGCAGUUUGGAGGAGGAGGCGAAGUUAUCGCGGUCCGGAAAGAGAGCUCAGACCUCCCUCGCAGUGGGUCUCUCCGAAGGCGAAGAGCACCCAAGUGACAGCCGGAGAGAUCAGCAGCCUCUAUCUCACGCCUCGAACCCACCGCCCCGCCAUCACGCAGCUCACGCGGUUGAUCUAUCUCGAUCUAUGGCGUGUUUCAGCUCAACCGCAGCGGACCGGGGCUGGAGACACGCCUCCAGGCUCUCGGGUUCUCUGGCAACGGGGCCUAGAUCUAUCUCCCUGUCACCUCUACGCGUCGGUCCGAGCGCCGUCCACGAUAGUGCGACAACUUCCUCGUAUUGGAUGGGGUCUGAGCUCUGGACACCGCCACGUAUUCGGUCUGUGGCUCGAGGGGUAGGACGCUGGGCGAGCGCAUACAGUUCUUCAGAGUAUUCGGAUGGACAAGCAGUCCGCCAGCCACCAUCCAUGUCCCUGGUCGAUGUCGAGAUCCGUGGCUGA